AUGAUGAGCAGCUAUUGGCACUCGAUUGCCUACUUCUUCCGCCUUCCUUUUCGCAUCCAAUGGCGCACUGCACUCGUGCAGAUUCCGCGUUUUGUUCCCCUCUCCAUCCUACACAUCACGUCGCCUAAGGGGCCGCAUCCAUUUCUCGUAGCGCUGCCAAGUCGAAGAGGCAACCUCAUCUAUAUCUACGUCUUUGUGCCGCCAAAACCGGUCGAUCUUGAGGGCAAUGGCGAUCAAGACAGGAAAGAGACUGGAAAAUGGCGUGUGCCUGUGGUGCUGGACUUUCAUGGUGGAGGCUUCAUAAUGGGAUCGCCGUUGGAACAAGCGCCGUACGCUUCAAUGAUGUCUCGCGAGCUCGGGGCCGUUGUCAUCAGCGUGUCGUAUCGCAUAGGACCCUUCCAUCAAUUCCCUGCGGCAAUCCACGACGCCGAAGACGUUCUAUCAGCCAUACUCGAUACAAGUGGGGUUUCGAAGGCCGGCAAGGUCCUUAGGGAGGAAAUUCAGCGGUACUACUCGAUAAUACGAUCGGAUGCGCUGGAAAACAAGAAGGAACCUACUGCUCCACACGUCGAGCACUGCGAGACCAUCACUCUCGACCCUACACGUCUUGCAAUCUCGGGCUUCUCAGCAGGAGGAAACAUUGCUUUGAACAUGGCUAUAUCAGUGCCUCCGUGUCCCGAGCUUGGAAUGUCGACUACACUAGGGCCUCACUCGCGCACCAAUGGUCCUGCCCCUGCGGACACCAUGUCCCCCAGAUUGCCCGAAAACCGCAGAGCCACAAUACUGGACGAUCCUUUCGAGUCGUGGCCAUCUCUCCUGCCCCCACCCCAAGCACAGCCCCGCAUGCUGCCACUUCUCUUGUUCUACCCUUCGCUAGACGCACGACUACUGCCACAUGAGCGUCCCAUGAAGCCUCUGCCCAACGCGCUGAGACCUGACGAUCACCAUCAGCAGAAGCCGAAAGCACCAGGACUGUUUUCAAUCAUGGGUCCAACAUAUCUCCCGCGCAAGCUGCGACCACAUCCACGAGCGAGCCCCGGCUUGAACGAUCCUGUACACAUCCAGAAAAACGCUGCCAUCCUCCUCGUCUUGCCUGAAAAGGAUAGCUUAGCAGUACAAAGCGAUGUAUGGGUAGACAAGAUGAACAACAAUGAUUGGAAUGGUCCUGUGCGCUUUGGCGACGGACGAGAGGGCGACUGGGACGGACAUCGGGGCGGACAAGCUGGAUCUUCCAACGUGCCUAGCACGCAGAACGGAGGCAUGGAAGUUUGGCACGCGCCCGGUUGCAGACAUGGCUGGACACAGUUUCCGGAUACGUUUGUGCCUCAGCAUGAGCGCGACGAGAGAGAACUGGUGUUUGCGAGGACAUUGGACUUUGUCAGAGACAAUUGGAAGAAGGAGCUGCGAGUGGAGGGGAGACAACUAGGGAAUCAGAUUCAAGAGUUGAGGCCGUUGAGCAUACCCAGUUCGAACGAGUAG